GCUUCAAAGGCAAGCGAGAUUAUUAAAAAAAGUAAACACUCUUUACACAACAAAUCGCAAUCAUCUAACUGAUUUUGCUUUUCUCUUUAAGUUCAGCUUCUUCUACGUAAUUAGUAUUUACUCUCUCUCUCUCUCUCUCUUGCAUCAUCAUAAUCCUUUCUUUGCAUGCGAUUCGGCUUUUAGCGGCGGCGAUGCUACUUUGAGUCACCGGAAAUUUUGCAUUUGGUUUCUGAUGAUGGGAUCUAAACAAGUGUCGAAGUCUAGAAAUGCUGGGCUUAGUAAGUUUAAGGAUGCUGAGUCCCCUGUAUCUUCAACAACCUCGUCUUCCAAACUUUAUCCAGAGACGUCUGUGGAUAGCCAUAGCCCCCCUACGUCUUCAUCUGCUCGAAGCAAGCCUCAUUUACAAUAUACAGGAAAGGUACCCCCUAAGCCUUUGCAGUCCAAAGAAAAUGUCACUGUCACAGUUCGUUUUCGUCCACUCAGUCCGAGGGAAAUCCGCAAAGGAGAGGAGAUUGCAUGGUAUGCAGAUGGGGAAACAAUUGUGCGGAAUGAGCAUAAUCAGUCAAUAGCUUAUGCCUAUGAUCGUGUUUUCGGGCCUACGACGACAACACGCCAUGUCUAUGAUGUUGCUGCUCAGCAUGUAGUUAAUGGUGCUAUGGCGGGGGUCAACGGGACCAUUUUCGCAUACGGAGUGACAAGCAGUGGAAAAACUCACACUAUGCAUGGGGACCAAAGAUCUCCUGGUAUAAUACCAUUAGCCGUGAAAGAUGCUUUCAGCAUUAUACAAGAGACACCAAGGCGAGAAUUUCUCCUACGUGUUUCUUACUUUGAAAUAUAUAAUGAGGUUGUCAAUGAUUUAUUGAACCCAGCUGGACAAAAUUUGAGGAUCAGAGAAGAUGAGCAGGGAACCUUUAUCGAAGGGAUUAAAGAAGAAGUUGUUCUAUCCCCUGCUCAUGCGCUUUCUCUUAUAGCAGCUGGAGAAGAGCACAGACAUAUUGGAUCCACAAGUUUUAAUUUGCUCAGCAGCCGAAGCCAUACAAUGUUUACCCUGACUAUAGAGAGUAGUCCCUUGGGUGACAAUAAUGAAGGUGGAGCUGUACACCUCUCGCAGCUGAACCUCAUUGACCUGGCAGGUUCUGAGAGCUCAAAGGCUGAAACCAGUGGUUUAAGACGCAAGGAAGGGUCUUAUAUAAAUAAAAGUUUGCUGACUUUAGGGACUGUAAUAUCAAAACUUACAGAUAGGAAGGCUAGUCAUGUACCAUAUAGGGACUCUAAAUUAACCAGGCUGCUUCAGUCCUCAUUGAGUGGGCAUGGACGUGUAUCUCUCAUAUGUACAGUGACUCCUGCAUCAAGCAGCUCCGAAGAAACACACAACACAUUGAAAUUUGCCCAUCGUGCAAAGCAUAUUGAGAUUCAAGCCGCACAGAACAAGAUAAUUGAUGAGAAAUCAUUGAUUAAGAAGUAUCAAUACGAGAUUCGCCAACUCAAGGAGGAGUUGGAACAGCUUAAAGAAGGAAUUAAACCAGUUUCUCAGUUAAAGGAUAUUAGUGAAGAUGAUGUUGUUCUCCUGAAGCAGAAACUAGAAGAAGAGGAAGAUGCUAAAGCAGCUCUCUUGAGUCGAAUCCAACGGCUUACGAAACUAAUCCUCGUGUCUACUAAAACUCCACAAACAUCGCGGUUGUCUUAUCGUGUUGAUCCUUGGAGGAGACACUCAUUUGGAGAAGAGGAGCUUGCUUACCUACCGUAUAAGAGGCGCGACUUGACGGAUGAUGAGAACCUUGAAUUCUAUGUUUCUCGUGAAGGGACUCCUGAGAUUACAGAUGAUGCGUUUAGAGAAGAAAAGAAGACAAGGAAGCAUGGCCUACUGAACUGGUUGAAACUUAAGAAAAAAGAAAACAGUUUGGGGGGAUCAAGCAUCAGUGACAAGUCCAACAGUACACCGUCAACUCCUCAAGGAGAAGGCAGUAAUUGUCGUACAGGAUCUAGACUUUCAGAAGGCUCCGCAUUGGCAGAUCAACUCUUAGAGACUAGGGAUAAUGAAGAAGCUCAUGAAGAUAGUUUUCAUGAGAUUGAGACACCUGAGGCAUUGUAUACUUGUUCCCAGACUAGAAUAAAAAUGAUCAAUCAGAUGGAAACACUGAGGGAAAAACAAAAGAUUUUAUCUGAGGAGAUGGUGCAACAAUCAAGGUCUCUUAAACUGUUGUCAGAAGAGGCUGCCAAAGCCCCUCAAAAUGAAGAAAUUAAAGUGGAGAUUAAAAACCUCAAUGGCGACAUCAAGGCAAAGAACAACCAGAUUGCUACUUUGGGGAAACAAAUUUUGGAUUUUGUUAUAGCAUCACAAGAUGAAUUGGUAAAAUCUGAUAUCGUACAGGCUGUUUCUGAAAUGAGGGCUCAACUAAAUGAGAAAUGUUUUGAACUCGAGGUUAAAGCUGCAGAUAAUCGUAUCAUUCAGGAACAACUCAACCAAAAGACAUGUUUAUGUGAAGAGUUGCAAGAAGAGGUUGCAAACCUAAAGCAGCAGCUCUCUGACGCCCUGGAACUGGUAGAUAUCAGCUCGGUCACAAGUCACAUGCAAAAAUCUUCUGAAUCGCCAAACAAAAAUAAAGAAAAAGUCAUAGAGGCACAGGCAUUUGAGAUUGAAGAGCUUAAACUGAAAGCUACAGAACUAAGUGACUUGAAUGAACAACUAGAACUCCGAAAUAAGAAACUAGCUGACGAGAGUUCAUAUGCGAAAGAGCUUGCUUCAGCGGCUGCUAUUGAGCUCAAGGCAUUGUCUGAGGAAAUAGCAAGACUUAUGAAUCACAACGAGAGACUAGCAGCUGACCUGGCAGCGGUGCAGAAGAGCUCUGUUACACCACGGGGCAAGACAGGAAACCUGAGGAAUGGAAGGAGAGAAAGUGUUACAAAGAGGAAAGAGCAAGACAACUCGUUGAUGGAACUGAAGAGAGAACUGAGUAUAAGCAAAGAACGUGAAGUUUCAUUUGAAGCUGCUCUAGUUGAAAAAAUCCAGAGGGAAGCCGAGCUACAAAGAACAGUAGAAGAGUCGAAACAAAGGGAAGCGUAUCUAGAGAAUGAACUUGCUAAUAUGUGGGUUCUCGUUGCCAAGUUGAGAUCCCAAGGAGCUGCUAAUUCAGGUUUAUCUGAUUCAGUAUCAGAGACACAACAAAUCGACCAUUUUAGGACUUAAGUUAUGAUUUGAGAUUCGUGUGAUUUUGAGCUUGUACAUUUGUAUGCAAUUCUCAUUCCCUGACCUUCCUGGGCUUGAUUUUUUUUGUUUGCUGGUAAUGCUUUAAGGGAAGUAUCCUGAAGGAAAAUCUUUUGUGCAAA